AUGGAUUCGGAAGUGGGGUUUGAUAAUGUGAAAUUCGAAAAGGCAAAGGCCAUGGCGAGGUUUAAUCGGUUUCGGAAAAUCACCAAGAUAUGGCAGAUUUUUGAGGGUUUCUUGGUUUUUGCAUUGGUGUCGUGGUCGUCGACGCGUGUUUCGCCGGUGCUGAAAAUUUCUGGCCAUUUUGUGUUGGAAGUGUCUUAUCUUCUAAAUCAUCAUGUUGUUUUCCUGAUCGGGAAUGUUAUUAUUAUACUAUUGUUUGUCCUUUGUCGCCAAAGUGACGCCGGCAAUGUCACCGGUACCGUUGAUUUCUACGAUGAUCAUGUGAAACACAGCGAGACUGAUAAAAGAAACUCCUCUGUAUCCGAACGUGAAUCUACUGCUCCGCUGGUUAUAGCGGAGGCGGCCACCGUGGAAUUUGGCGGUGGUGACGAGGAGGAGAAGAAGAUUAUCGUGUCUCCAGAUAGCAUGGAAAAUGAGAACGUGACGAUGGCUAUAGAAAAAGCUUCCAGGCAGAUAAAAAAAUUUCAGAGGACGCAAACGGUGAAACUAAAGAGAGAGAUCGCGGUGAAGCCGCGGCGCGAGCUCCGGCGAUCGGAGACAGAGAACUUCGGAGCGAUAGUGACCUCUGGCCAGCGACAUUCCACAGGUAUUACGACUUUCGACAGUGCCGAGAUUGAUACUUUGAGCAACGAAGAGUUCCAGCGAACUGUGGAAGCAUUCAUCCAAAAACACUGGAAUAAAAAAUCGCAGAAUUAA